UCAUUCACUCAUUGUGUGCUUUGUCAAUUAAUUAUUAGAUCUAGCUCUUAUUAAGACAACUUAACUUACUGAUCAGUGAGUAUAUUUAUUCACACAAAGAGAGAGAGACAGAGAGAGAGAGAGAGAGAGAGAGAUGGCAAGACAUCAGUACAACACUCUCUUCAUGCUUGUUUCGCUGCUUCUUCUUUUGAUUACAUUCUCCAAUGUGGCUGAGGGCUAUAAUAGACUCCGUCCAGCAGAUUGCAAGCCAAGAUGCACAUACAGGUGCUCGGCGACAUCGCACAAGAAGCCGUGCAUGUUCUUCUGCCUCAAGUGCUGCUCCAAAUGCCUGUGUGUGCCGCCGGGGACUUAUGGCAACAAACAAACAUGCCCUUGCUACAACAACUGGAAGACCAAACAAGGCGGUCCCAAAUGCCCUUAAAUAUCUGUAUUUACUCUAGAUUUAUUAUUAUUAUUAUUAUUUUAAUUUUUUAGCCUAUGUCAGUCUCUCUAUAUGUUUCUUCUUGUUACUUAGAUCAAAAAUUUUAAUUUCGUUAGUAUGAAUUUUGGCCAUGGGCAUUUUGGCUUAAUGGUAGCAAUUUCAUUUCUGCCAAGGUUGUAUUCACUUUUGCUUUCAUUCAAAAUUAUAGUAUUGAAAAUCUUGCAAGUUUCCUA